GGCCUGCGCCGGCGCCCGCGGAGCCCGGCCCGGGGGCUGCUGAGCCGCGGACACGCGUGUGCGCCAGGGGCGGCCCGGGGGGACCCCCGCGGCGUGGCCCGUGACCUGCCCCCCGUUAGGAGUCGCGCGUUUCGGGGCCGCGGGGUCGGUUUGGGGCGGGCCCGGCGUCGCGGGGCUCCGGCCGCCCGCACGGACACCAUGUCUACCCGGCAGCAGCCUCCGGCGCGGGCCCCGCAGCCCGGCGCGGCCGCCGGAGCCCCGCAGCUGGGCGAGCCGGAGGCCGCCGGUGGCUACGAAGCGGUGGUUCCGCACUGGUUCCACUGCAAGGUCACGGCGGACUCCCGGGAGCAGUGGGUCCCGUUCAGCGCCCAGGACUCGGCCAGGCUGGAGGCGGCGCACGGCUCAGGGGGAGGCCCAGCAGCCGUGGUGGUGCCGACGUCGGGCGGCCGCUACGACGUGCGGCUGCAGCAGCGGCAGCGCGUGGCCGUGUACUGGGACGAGGAGGUGGCUGAGGUGCGGCGCUGCACCUGGUUCUACAAAGGAGACAAGGACAACAAGUAUAUUCCCUACUCUGAGUCCUUCAGCGAAGAACUGGAGAAAGCUUACAUGAUGGCUGUGACCCACGAUGAGUGGAAGAAGAAACUGGAGUCCCCUAACAGGGAAGUCAUUAUCUUGCACAACCCAAAGAUGAUGGUUCAUUACCAGCCAGUUGCCAUCUCUGACGACUGGGCCUCGACUCCCACGGAGCAAGGGCGGCCUCGCACUGUGAAGAGAGGAGUGGAGAACAUUGCUGCUGAGAUCCCCAGUGGAGAGCCGGAGCAGAUCGAUCACCUGGUGUUCGUGGUGCACGGGAUCGGCCCCGCCUGCGACAUUCGCUUCAGGAACAUCGUGCAGUGCGUGAAUGACUUCAGGAACCUGUCCCUGGGGAUGCUGCAAACACACUUCAAGAAAGCCCAGGAGCAGCAGCAGGUCGGCCGGGUGGAAUUCCUGCCUGUCAACUGGCACAGCCCCCUCCACUCCACGGGGGUGGACGUCGAUCUGGAGCGAAUCACUCUGCCCAGCAUCAACCGCCUGCGGAACUUCAUCAACGACACCAUCGUGGAUCUUUUCUUCUACAACAGCUCCACCUACUGCCAGACCAUCGUGGACACGGUGGCAUCCGAAAUGAACCGCCUGCACCAGCUCUUCCUGCAGAGGAACCCUCAGUUCAAAGGGGGGGUCUCCAUCGCGGGGCACAGCCUGGGGUCACUCAUCUUGUUUGAUCUCCUGACAAACCAGAAGGCUGCUCCAGAGGAGGAGGAGCAGGGUGAGGAGGGCUCCAGGACAGCCUCCAGCAACAGGGGUAUUGAAGUAACAGAAAUGCUGCAGGAGCUGGAGCUGUCUGAGUACUGUGAUGUUUUUGAGAAGGAGAAGAUGGAUGGGCAGGCACUGUUCCUGUGCACAGAGGAAAACCUCAAAGAACUGGGAAUUCCCUUAGGACCCAGAAUGAAGAUACUCCAUUACAUCAGCUCCAGGAGGGAGAUGCAGGAGCAGAGUGCAGCAGGCUGCAGGCACAGCAGGGAGCACAGAGCCAGGCCUGGGGCCCCGUCACAGCACGACCUGGACAGCGCAGACGAGGGCAGGACCUGCCAAUACAGGGACGUUGGCUUGGGACAGGUCUUGGUGAAUUAUCCUCAACUGAACUACAACCCCAGGAUCUUCUUUGCUCUUGGGUCUCCCAUCGGGAUGUUCCUCACGGUGCGAGGAGUGAAGCGCAUCAACCCCAACUACAGCCUGCCCACCUGCAAGGGCUUCUUCAACAUCUUCCACCCCUUCGACCCGGUGGCAUAUCGGAUCGAGCCCAUAAUCGUCCCGGAUCUCGAGUUUGAGCCCAUGCUGCUGCCCCAUCACAAGGGCAGGAAGAGAAUGCACUUAGAGCUGAAGGAGGGGCUGACUCGCAUGAGCGCGGACCUGAAGAACAACCUGCUGGGGUCGCUGCGGGUGGCCUGGCAGUCCUUCACCCGCGCCCCGGUGCCCGCCCUCGAGGGCGCCGACGCUGAGCCUGAGCCAGAGGCUGAGGCUGGUGUGGAGAAGCAGCCAGAGAUAAAGGCAGAGAAGCCCCCUGCAGUGCUGAAGGAAGAGCCCUCCCUCAUUAAGGUGGGGAGGCUGAACGGAGGGAACCGCAUCGACUACGUGCUGCAGAAGAAGCCAAUCGAGACCUUCAACGAGUAUUUAUUUGCACUGCAAGGGCAUCUCUGCUAUUGGGAGUCAGAAGACACCGUUCUGCUGGUUCUGAAGGAGAUCUACCAGACAGAAGGCAUCGCUAUGGAUCAGCCUUUAGCAGGAAGCCAGUGACUGACCCGUGCUGUAAGUCACCCUGCUGACACUCCUUCCCGGGCUCCUAGGACACCUCUGAGGACAUCUGCUUCCCUUGAGGCAAUAAUACUCCUUGUUUACAGAGCUGUGUCUCAGGCAGGAGUUUGUGUCGGGUUUUUUCCAGCAUCUUUGGCUUCCUUUCCUCUGAUCCUGCACACAGCACCAUGGGACAGGGGGAGAGCUAAGACAGUGCUGCUGCUGGGGCAGGGCAGCGGUGACCACAAUCCCUUCAACGCAGCGAGGGAACGACCCACACUCCAAAGCUCCUGAGCUGGGUUCCUUACAGACAGGUGGCAAACCAGUGCUACUAGACCAGGAGGGUUUCCUGGGCACAGGGGACUGGGCUGGGGGGAUUUUGGCCUGUCCUAGUGCAGCUCUUCCUAUGAUCUCCUUUUGCUCUCUUAGAUGCAGUUAACUGAGUACUUACCAGGAAAAGUCCAGGAUUCUCUGCCUUCCUCUCUCCUCUGCUGCUGUCCCCUGCAUGCCACUUCCCAAGUACUUGCUGCUACCUAGAGAUGAGGAUGAUUUUCCUCCAUUUUGGGUCAGGAUUGGGGGGAAACCCCUUCUGCUCAAGCACACACAGCACUUGCACUCUGACUCCCUGUGGCAACCUGUACUUUUAACCCUCCACCCUGUGAGUUACCACACCAGCUCCUCGAGCACCUGAGCAGUCUGUCUGGGCUAGGGACCAACACUGAGGGCCUGGCUCUGCUCCUGGCUUAGUAGGGAAUUGUGCAGCUUGUGACCUUGAGAAGGAAAAGCCUUAAACAUAUGGUGUGGAGAGAGCUACAGCAGCCUUGGGAAGAGGAGAUGGCUGACUCCUCCCUGCCCUAGCACUGAGCAGCAGGCCUGGGGGAGGUGAGGGCCAGGGCACAGGCAUGUCUCUCGGCCAUCCUCAUCUCCUUGACUUGCUGCUGCAUGGUUUGUGCUGCCCUGGGCUGUGCCAGGCAGAGCUGCCCCAGGAGGCCUGAGAUCAGUGUGAUUGUGUACACCUGACCCAGGCCCUCCUGCCUGCUGUGGCUUCUCAGCAUCCUCACCCAGCCCCCUGCAGCCAGCAAACCCUGAGGCACCUUGUGCAGGACAGAGCUAGUGGCCAGGUGUAACUGUGUGGGAGGGAAGCUUCACCUCCACAUCAAACUAGGGCUAGAGAGGGGAAGGCAGCUGCUCCUCAACAGCAUCCAGGCAGGCUGGAGGCCUGGAGAGACAGGCUGCUGCAGUGUGGCUUUCAGGCUGGUGCCAGGGACCUCAGGCCAGCCAGGCUCCAGGCACUGGGGUAGGUUUGAAAUACGCAAAAGGCAGCCAGAGAGGUGAGAACCCAGACCCACAGUGUCCAGACACUGUAACUCACUGAAGGAAUGACAUCAGCACUGCAGGCAGUUCAGUCUUCAGGCUGAAGGACAUGAGGAAACAGCCUCAAGUUGCACCAGGGGAGGUUUAGAUGGGAUCUGAGGGAGAACUUCCCUGAGAGGGUUUAACAGCCCUGGCAAACCACUUUCCCUCCUGCUGACUUUUGACCUGCAUGGGGUAAGGAGCCUUGUUUUUUUUUCCCACAGCCUGUUGGUUUGUCCUCUGUUGUACUACAUUAUUUGCACUAUUGGAAAGGUUUUGUUUGCAGCCUACAUCCCCCUCCUCCCUCCCCAAAGGAACAGAAGCUGUUCUUUUACCUGACUGCAGGAACAGCCACGCUGCUCAGUCGCUGCCUGAACUACUGAUUGCUACAGCAUCUCCUACAAGAGUAGGAAAAGGAAGAGUCUUACCACAGACACUGGCAUGGUCAGCUUUUUAAGUUAUGCACUUUGUUUAAAAGAAAAAAACCCAGUUAAAUACAUUUUAAAUGUUAUUUAAUGUCUUUUCCAGUAAAAGCCAAAAUAAACAAG